AUGAAGAAAAUAAUCCCACAACGUGAGGUGCUUUCAAUCCACAUUGGCCAAGGGGGCGUCCAAAUGGGAAAUGCAUGCUGGGAGCUCUAUUGUCUGGAGCACGGAAUUCAGCCCGACGGUAUGCUGCCCCCUCAAACAUGCACCAACGAUGAGGGAUUCCAGACCUUCUUCAGCGAGACCGGAGGCGGAAAAUACGUGCCACGAGCAGUCUUCCUCGACUUGGAGCCCACUGUCAUUGACGAAGUCCGUACCGGGACCUACCACCAGCUCUUCCAUCCGGAGCAAUUGAUCUCGGGGAAGGAAGACGCCGCGAAUAAUUACGCCCGAGGGCACUACACCCUUGGUAAGGAAAUAAUCGAGCUGGUGCUGGACAGGAUCCGCAAGACUGCUGACAUGUGCGCCGGGCUUCAGGGCUUUCUGAUAUUCCACGCCUUCGGCGGAGGAACCGGGUCCGGGUUCACAUCCCUACUGAUGGAGCGACUCUCCGUCGAUUAUGGGAAGAAGGCAAAGUUGGAAUUCGCUAUCUACCCGUCGCCCCAAAUCUCGACCGCCGUCGUCGAACCCUACAACGCGAUCCUGACGACCCACACGACCCUGGAACACUCGGACUGUGCGUUUCUGGUCGACAACGAGGCCAUAUACGACAUUUGUCGCCGGAACCUCGACAUCGAGAGACCGACCUACACGAACUUGAACAGACUGAUAGGUCAGAUAGUGUCGUCGAUCACGGCGUCGCUACGGUUUGACGGGGCUCUGAACGUCGACCUCACGGAGUUCCAGACGAAUCUGGUGCCGUACCCUCGCAUCCACUUCCCCCUGGCGACGUACGCGCCUAUCGUGUCAGUGGAGAAGGCCUACCACGAGCAACUCACCGUCAUGGAGCUAACCUCGUCCUGUUUCGAGCCCGCCAAUCAGAUGGUGAAGUGCGACCCGAGAAAGGGGAAGUACAUGGCCUGCUGCAUGCUCUACAGAGGUGACGUCGUGCCCAAGGACGUGAACGCAUCCAUCGCGGCGAUCAAGACCAAGCGGACCAUCCAGUUCGUUGAUUGGUGUCCGACUGGGUUCAAGGUCGGAAUCAAUUACCAGCCGCCAACUGUCGUACCGGGUGGUGAUCUGGCCAAGGUACAGAGAGCCAUGGCUAUGCUGGCUAAUACAACAGCCAUCGCGGAAGCCUGGACCAGGUUGAACAGGAAGUUCGACCUAAUGUUCAGCAAGCGAGCUUUCGUGCACUGGUACGUCGCGGAAAGCAUGGACGAGAGCGAGUUUAACGAAGCUCGCGAGGAUCUCGCGGCUCUUGAGAAGGAUUACGAAGAGGUGGGCAUGGACUCUGCGGAGGGUGGUGAAGGCGGGGACGAGAACUGA